UCGUAGGGUGUAGCUCCAAAUUUGGGAAAAAAGAAUAACCAAGUUUUGGUGAAGCCCCAAGCAAGCAUGGGGUCCUACGUAAUUUAACAGCCAGCGGAUGUUUUUUAAGGCUACUUAUUAAGCCUAGCAGCGUGGAAGAAGCCCCUCAACUCAAUACACUCUUCUUCUUCUACCAUCAGAUAAGUUUGAGGUUCAGGCUUCGGUCCAUGGCUAUGGUUACAUUUACAUCCAAUCACAACACCAACCUCUCACAAACAUUGCCCUUUGAUAAAACCAAUGGCUAUCCAGUGAAGAAGAAAGAAGAAGACGGAGAAAUUGGAGUAUUCGGAGCUGAAAAAUACUUCAAUGGAGCAAUAGAUGCUGCUGCCGGUGGUGGUCCAAGACCAACAAAAUUGAUCCCAAAGAACUUGGAAUCUUGUACGAAACAAGAAGUGAUCACCAACCCAGAGCCGAUGAAGCCAUUGUUCCACGCUCCAAGCAUUCGAUCUGAAUCAAGCUGGAACAGCCAAAACCCUUUACUCCAUACUGUUAUCCAAAACCCUCCUCAGCAAAAACCCAGUAAGUCCAUAACUGCAAAGAGCUUUCUUUCUUGCCUUCCUGCCUGUAAAUGCUACUGUUUCGAUAGAAGCUCCAUUGAUAUCGAGGUUGGUGAAAUAAGUUUCAAGAGACCUAAUGGUGAGGUAAUACUUCAAAGCAAGCAAAAAAAAACAGCUGCAGGCAUUAAAGAAGACCUUUUCACUUUCCCAACAAUGAAUCCCGCUGUGGGUAUUCGGCCUGUUAGUGUGCCACUACAAGGAGAUGUGGAUGAAUUCGGGAGGAAAUCGUUGGAGGUUUUCGGGUCCCCGGUUCUUGGAAUUGGAAGGCGAAACAAGUCUUUGAACCUUGAGAGGAGGCUCAAAAUGUUGUCUUGGGAUCAUCAUGCUAUUCCAAAAGUUGAAGAAACUGAGAACUCUAAAGCUAAUUGUAAUGAUACCGAAAGUGAUGCAAGUUCGGAUUUGUUUGAGAUCGAGAGCCUAACGGGAAAACCCAAUUACGCACCGAGCGAGGCCAGUAUAGAGUGGAGUGUGGUCACUGCAAGUGCAGCUGAUUUCUCGGCCAUGUCGGACUAUGAAGAGGGAAGGCCGUCGUUGACUUUACCGAGCCCAAUAAAAACAUUUUACAUCAACAACACUACGAAAAUCAACAAAGAGAGGCCACGUUCGGGUGGUCUAUUGGGGUGUAACAGCUCGAAAACUGUUAAAAUCGCCAGAGAUGCACACAAAACAGAUCAGAAGGCAGGUUUAGACUCGAGGAUGCGCCGUGUGUCGGACUCCUACAUGCCUGUCACGAGAUUUAGAGCGGAAACUAAACUCGAGGCCGGUGCUUUUGAACCUACACGAACGCCGCAGAUUCUCCCCACUCGCUCCCUUCCUGUUCCCCAUUCACAUUCGCCACAGCAAGCUUCACAUCUGCUGUAUAUUCAGUAGCCUGGAAUAGCUUGGCGCUCGAGUUUAUCUUAGUACAUGUAAAUUUUGCGUAACUUAUUAUCAGGAAGUUUACUACUAUGAAUCUAUAGUAGUUGUAUUGAAUUCCAUAAAA